CAUAAUGGUUCAACAACUUAAAAGGGGUUUUGGUCUUGGAGUUAGCCCAACCAGGAAUUACCUUGUGUGUUAAAACUAAUUCGGUUGUCAUGCAAAAAAUAUUUUGAUAAAUUUAUACACAGAACACAAGUAUAUUGAAAUUCCAACAUAUUUUAUACUGUAAAAAUGAUUAAAUUCGUAAUUUAUAUUGUUAAAAAGGACCUUCUUAUUAAGUAAGAAAAUGCUGGAAUUAAAGAGGCCAAUUGGCCCGAAACAGAACAACAGAGUCCAAUUCAACACUGUCUUCUAAGGCUUUGGCAGUUUGGUUUCAAGCCCCGUAAUACCCAACAUCUUCCUCACGCGCCAAAAAAAAGAAAAGAAAAAAAACAAAAAGGUUUAACCAGGCACGAACAUGGAGCCCAGCUUAGUGUUUAACUGGCUCGAAAUAUCCCAGCUAACUAAACCAAAAAAGAAAAAAAAAAAAGCGUAACAGCCAAAACCGAGCACAAAACCCAAUGCCACCACCAUCCUCCGCCCCCAGGCGCUCCUUUGAUGACGACAGCGUCCUUUCGUCCUCCGAUCAUGAUGAUGGCGUGGAAGAAGAAGAAGAAGAAGAAAUAGAGGAAGAAGAAUAUGAAGAGAUAGAAGUAGAAGAAGAAGAAGAGAUAAUUGAAGAAAUUGAAGUAGAAGAAGACGAAGAAGAAGAAGAAGAAGAAGCGGAAGAAGAAGAAGAACAACCGUUAGAUUCAUCUAAUCAGAAAUCCAGCGUAUUCUUCCAUGUAGAUGUUAGGCAACCUGUGGAGUUUGAGAGGGAUGGCGGACAACACGAAUCACGUUCUACUGCAGGGAAUUCUGAGCUGGGGCUUCUAUCUAAUUCUCUUCUAGAAGAUAACGCUGGUAAUUCUAAAUUUUCUGGUCCUUUGAAUGAACCAUUUACGAGGCAGCAGGAAUCAUAUGUGAACUAUGAGGGCUGCAAGUAUCUGAAAUCAGGAGAGCAUCUGACUACCAAUGGGGAGAAUAGAAGUCAAGAUUCUGGAGUCAAAAAGGAUUUUGACAUAUUUUUGAUAAAGUGCAACUCUAAAGAAUGCAGUCAACCCCAUUGUGAUAGUAAGGCUCCUUUAUGUAAUAGUGAAAUUAAGGUUCCUGGGACCACCAAUUUAAUUAGAACCACGGAAAAUGAGUUGCCUAAUGAUUCAGUUAUCAAAGAUGACUGUAAUAUUGAGACUAAUGCAAUUCUGGAUGCUAGCAUAGAAGUUAUGCAGUCAGAGAACGAUAAGAGGCAAACAGCAUCAAGGUGCAGUCUGGUUCAAUAUUUUCUUUCGUACUUCCAGGCUUGUUCCCUUACACUGCCUAAUCUCUCUUUUUCUGCUUUAACUGAAAAUACCAAUUCCUACAUCUUACUAAUCACUAGGUUUUCCAGGACUCGAAGUCUAUCUCCUUCCUCUGAAUUAAAAGAUCCCUACAAACGUCCAGCAGUCGUGUGUGACUUUUUUGCCAAAGGGUGGUGCAUUAGAGGGAGUUCAUGUAGGUUCCUUCAUGUAAACGAUAAAGCAGAUAAUGCUAAAGGACAGCUUGAGGGAGAUGCAGCUGCCACAGAUUUCUCAAAAGGAGACCAGUUCAGCGAAGAAAGAAGCUUGGCGCUUAAAGAUGGAGAAAUCGGAAGGCUGCAUCAGUUGGAUGAUAAACAUACAUCUUCAUCACUCCAGAGAGAGGACUUAUCCCGGAGAGUCCAUCCUGACACCCUGCAAUUUCCUUCAUCCAAAGGUGAUCCUCGGUUUUCUUUUCCCUUAAAGGAUGCUGCUACAGAGAAUCUUAGACAAAAUUGGCUUGCCACUGAUUAUAGGAGCUAUGCGUCUCCAAUCAAUAGUGGUAGCUCUCCUUCAUUUCAGAAAAGCUUGCUUCCUGAACAUAGAUCUUCAAGUGGCUCUGUUGUAACAUCAAGCAAUCACUGCAAUGGCAAUCCCUCUUCUUAUUUGGGCAGUUUAGAGAAUCCAACAUAUGUUAGAGGUCACUGUUUACAGGCCUCAAGACUGGAUGGUUCUCUUUCUAGUAGUCAGAUGUUGCUAUCUCACCAGGUCUCUGCUCAAACAGGACCAUUAUUUUCUUACAAUUCCUCCUUGAGUACAAGUCCUCUUGGUUCUCAAAAGCUGUUCGAGCAUGAUAGGAGCUAUCGCGCUUCUAGAUCAUCUUCAUUACUGCAAAGUGCAUCCCCUCUCUCUGGCUCUCAGCGAGAAAACUUACCUCUAACCAAUGUAUUUGCAGAUCCAUUGCACUAUGCAGAACAUAAAGCAGAAAUUUCCUCAAAUGACUGGGAACCAUCUACACCUUUUCGACCGUCUUUUCUUUUAACUCCUACGAUAGCAUCAUCUCCAGGAAGCCAGUAUGACCCUCUUCGUGAUAGCAUUGAUUUGCCCACUACUGGAUACAGAGUUCCCUUUAAGUUUUGUUUUCUUAGCCAAGGGACGUCCAGCCUCAAUAUGUCACAUCAACCAGGAAAUCGCGACUCUUUAGCAAGUCAGGCCCUUGGCUUAGAAUGCAAUGAUGACAAAUGUAAUGCAUCUUUUUAUAGUAGAUACCAUGAAAAUGUGGUGGACAAGAACUGCUAUACACUCAGAAAAGAUAUAUCUGUUAGUGGAGCAGUGACAGGAGGUUCUUGUGUGGUCAAUGGGAAAAAAGCCAAGGAAGAAAAUGCUUCAAGCACUGGUCAUUCAAAAGAUGUUCUAAAUACAAGCGAUAUAGAGGUUGAUCGUGAUUCUAGGAACCUCAAUGAUGGGCCAAAAUGCAAAAAGGACUUCACAGUAGAUAAGGGUAGGCAAAAUAACGAAAUGGAAGUUGACCAAAAGACAGAUGGAGAAUCUAGAGCACUGAGACAUUUUCGUGCUGCUCUUGUUGAUUUUGUUAAAGAAUUGUUAAAACCAACCUGGCGCGAGGGUCAUUUGAGCAAGGAUGCACAUAACACUAUAGUCAAAAAAGCAGUUGACAAGGUUCUUACAACCUUGCAUCCCCUUCAAAUUCCAGCCACAAUGGAAAUCACUAAGCAAUAUCUUUCUUCCUCCCGGACUAAAAUUGCAAAGCUUGUUGAGGGAUAUUGUACAAAGUAUGGGAAAACUUGACAUGCCAAGCCCAGACUUUUUCUUUUGUACAGUUUCCUAUACAUUGUAGUACUUAAAGGCAACAGUAAAUUUGAGGCUUAUUUAAAAUUUCAAAAAUUAAGACUCAGGCAGAAUGCCAUGAAUUUGAUCAGAUGUUUCUCUUAA